AUGGCUGGCCCAGCGAAGAGCCGCGCCCAGAAGGAGAAGCAGCAGCAGAAGCAGCAGCAGCAGCAGACUCGCUCAUCCAAUGACUCCUCCUCGGCCUCUCGCGACCCCACGCAGCGCUCUAUCAACAAGCUCGAUGGUAACAAGGAUCCUCAAGGCCAUGGCCAAGGUGUCUUGGACUACACCAAACCUAAUGAUCUGAAAAACUUGUCUGAGUUCCUCGGUAUUUCUGGCUGGUACACGGCCCGUGGUCAUUCCGUUCCAGCCGCACUCCCUCAGCGACCCAAAAACUUCAACACAUACGGUAAGGAGACUACGAUCAUGCUCAACACUUUCAACGUCAUCAAGUCUCCGAACACUAUCGUUCACCAGUACGACGUCGCCUACUCCGGAGAUGCUAAGGACUAUACAAAGCGCGCACUGCUUCAGAAGAUCUGGAAGUCGAAGACCGUUAAGUCUGAGCUGGGCGAGCCAGCCAACCUUUGGAUCUGGGAUGGCCACAAGCUUGCAUGGUCUGGAAAGCGCCUCCCUCGUGACGACAACCGCAUCACGGUGGACCUCGAUGCCGAAGAGGGCAAGGAGACUCGUGCCGGCGCUCGCGGAAACAAGCACACAAUCCACCUUCGCUGGACACGCCAGGUGGACUUCAGUGGCCUACAAGCCUUCUUGAAUGGUCAAGCCUCGUGGUCGACCGAAUGCAUCGACACCAUCAAUUUUCUCGACCAUGUCAUGCGCGAGGGACCGUCUCAGCAAUACACCCAAAUCAAAAAGUCCUUCUUCCAGCGUGGUGAGCAGCGCUUCGACCUUGGCGGUGGCGUUGAGGCUUUCAAGGGUGUCUUCGCUUCCCUUCGUCCGGUCCUGGACGAUAGAUUCAACAAGUCACUCUCCGUGAAUGUUGAUGUCGCGAACGGCACUUUCUGGCGCGCACAGGAACUCACUAGAGCUAUAGGCCAAGUCUUUGGCUGCGGCCUACCCCAGUUCGUCGCGCGCUUCAAGGAGGCUAAACGUGACUGGAGGAACUCGAUGCUCAGGAGAGACCUUGGCUCUUUCAGGAGGGUUGGUGUUACAGCUACGCACACCAAAACUCCGACACAGUGGACAAUCGACGAGAUCGUCGCCAUGGAUGCCGUCGAAGCCAAGUUCGCCGAUCCCGACGACCGUCGCCCAGGUAUUACAGACAAGCAGCGCAGGCAGAUCUCUGUUGCUGCCUACUUCAAGUCAAAGUACGAAAUGGUCUUGACUGCCGGCAUUCCCGUCGUCAAGAUGACGAAGAAGAUCCGUGGUUCACCCAUCUACAUGCCUAUGGAUGUUCUUCGCAUUGAUGCCAACCAGCGUUACAACACCAAGUUGAGCGACACCCAGACCUCCAACAUGAUCAAGUUCGCCGUUACCCUCCCGAAGGAACGUUGGGCUGCUGUACAGCAGGGUGUCCGUCUCCUGAAUUGGGCGAACGAUCCAUACCUGAAGCACUAUGGGCUCCAAGUCAACCCCAAUGCCUCAAAGGUCAAGGCUCGCAUCCUUCCUCAGCCGACUGUGCAGUUUGGUGCCGGCUCCAAGGACGCAACUAUCAAGCCGCAGGACAUGACUGCCGGGCGAUGGCGCCUCGAUGGUCGCAAGUUCGCGGUGAACAACGACAAGCGCGCCCUUCGCGCCUGGGGCGUCUGCGUCAUACAAGAUCGGGGAGCUCCUCCUGCACAAGCUGUUGAACAGUUUACGCAGAAGUUUGUUCAUAUCUACGAGAGCCACGGAGGUAAAUUCGAUGCACACCCGGAGCACGGCAAAAAGCCUUGGUUUGGUCAGGGCAAUCUUGCUGACGGAGGAGAACUUGUCCAGAAGGCCUGGAACGGGACAGGCAACCGCUACAACACAACGCCUGGCUUCUUAUUCUUCAUAGUGAGCAACCGCAACGUCGAAGUGUAUCGCCGCAUCAAGAAGUCCUGCGACAUCCGCUUUGGCGUUGCCUCUCAGGUCCUCCAGGCCAAGCAUGUCAUGUCGGCCUCUCCCCAGUACAUCUCCAACGUCUGCAUGAAGGUCAACGCCAAGUUGGGUGGUUGCACUUCUGUUGCGAAGAGUUCCCUCAUCCCCAAGCUGAACCCCAAGGCCGCUUCCACUCGCACGAUGGUGGUCGGCGCAGACGUUUCUCACCCUGCUCCUGGUGCCGGAUCUGGAGAGGCUGCUUCCUUCGCCGCCAUCACCGUCUCGGCUGAUGCAUUUUUCGUCAAGUACUGGGCCGACGUUCAGACCAACGGAAACCGUGUCGAGAUGAUCACGACGUCUAACAUCCAACACCACUUCGGCCCCAUGGCCAAAAACUGGAUACAACGUCUUGGUAGCGGCCAUGCGCCUGAGCGUGUCCUAUUCAUUCGAGAUGGUGUUUCUGAGGGUCAAUACGCUGCUGUGUUAGAGGAGGAAGUCCGCGAUAUGAAGGCCUUCUUCGCCCAACUUGGAGUAAAGAUGCCCAAGUUUACUGUCGUCAUUGCUGGGAAGCGCCACCACAUUCGUUUCUUCCCAGACGCUGGCAAGGGUGACCGUAACGGCAACCCACUCCCAGGAACACUUGUGGAGUCUGGCUGCACACAUCCGUUCGAGUUUGAUUUCUACCUCUGCUCACACGUCGCCAUAAAGGGUACCGCGCGUCCCAUCCACUACCAGUGCAUCCUCAACGAGGGUGAGUGGCAGGCCGCCGAGCUCCAGCAGUUCAUCUUCGAGCAUUCAUACCACUAUGUCCGCUCAACCACCCCGGUGUCUUUGCACCCGGCAGUUUACUAUGCUCACCUGGCUGCCGACCGUGCUCGUGCUCACCUCAGCGACAGCCCUGUCUCUUCCGGUAAGAAGGAGUCGCACGCUGACCGCACCUCCGAGACGGGCUCUACGAACCGCAACGUCGAGAUUCCUCCUCUCAUGCCCCUUCAGAACGCUCGCGGUCUGAAGGAUGUCAUGUGGUACAUCUAA